CGUGCACAUAGCACGAAACCAACAAAGAGAUUCAACAAAACGAUCAGCUUAAAGCAAGAAAAUGACCACGGCCAGCCUCCUCCCUCUGAUUAUUUUUUUACAGUUAUAACAGUUAACACAUCAUCAUCUGAUCAUCGUCGCCGCCACAUCAACCAUUUCUAUUUCUAUCGCAACGCGACGCCGCGUUUUGUGUUUGAUUGACUGGACUGUCUCCUUGUUUUUUUCACUCCACGAAUCAUUAUCUUUUAUAUUAUUGUUUAUACGUUUUUUUGGUUAUUAUUAUUAAUUUUCAACGUCCCUAUCAAAAUUCCCUAAUUUUUUUCCUGGAGGAUUCGAAAAGAAAAUCGGAUUCCAUCGUAUUUAUCUCUCUCCAUUAUCGAUCUUCUUCUCAAGAUUAUAGCACAUUCAAUCCGUUUUUUUGUUUCUUUUUCUUCUUUGUUAGGGUUUCGUUCAACGUGACUCUGUCGAAGUUCGGGGUUUUUUUUAUAAUUAUUUUUUUAACUUGUCAAAUCCGUACGAUUUUGCAAUUGACGUACAAUUUUUUCUACGGUGAUUAUAAGGGGAAGGAACACUGACAGUUGGGAGAAUUGAUUGAAGGAGGGGUAUUUUUGGAACGCAAAUUUAUGAAUUCGGGGCAAAUGUUUAGUCCGGGCAUGGAUGCUGCCCGGGAAACUAGCGGAGUUUCAGGUGCCGUACUUGUUCCAAAUCGGUUCGUUUGGCCUCAUGGAGGAAGAACUGUUUUUUUAAGCGGUUCUUUUAAUAGGUGGUCUGAGCUUUUGCCAAUGUCGCCGGUGGAAGGUUGUCCUACUGUAUUCCAGAUUAUUUGGAGCGUGCCACCAGGUUUCCACCAGUUUAAGUUUUUUGUUGAUGGAGAAUGGCAACAUGACGACCACCAACCUUACAUGAGUGGUGAAUACGGGACUGUGAACACUGUGUUUUUAACUGCAGAACCUAGUUUCAUGCCUGGAAUUAAUCCAUUGGCUUCUUGUGGAUCUAACAUGGAUGUGGAUAAUGAAGCAUUUCAACGUGUGGUUCGGAUUUCUGAUGGCACUUUGACUGAGGGAAUGCCAAGGGUAUCAGAAGCUGAAUUGCAGGUCUCUCGUCAUCGUGUAUCUGGGUUCUUAUCUACACACACUGCUUAUGAGUUACUUCCCGAGUCAGGCAAGGUUGUGGCAUUGGACAUUGAUUUACCUGUAAAACAAGCAUUUCAUAUACUAUACGAGCAGGGUAUCUCCAUAGCUCCACUUUGGGACUUCUGCAAAGGACAGAUUGUUGGAGUACUUAGUGCAUUAGAUUUUAUAUUGAUUUUAAGAGAGCUUGGGAACCAUUGCUCAAAUCUGACAGAGGAAGAGCUCGAAACACACACCAUUUCAGCCUGGAAGGAGGGGAAAGCAUAUUUGAGUGGGCAAAUUGAUGGGCAUGGGAGGGCAUUUUCAAGACCUCUCAUCCAUGCUGGUCCCAAUGAUAACUUGAAGGAUGUUACUUUGAAAAUUUUGCAAAAUGAGGUGGCUACAGUUCCCAUAAUCUAUUCGGCUUCAGAAGAUGGUUCAUUUCCCCAGCUAUUACAUCUUGCUUCAAUGUGUGGAAUACUAAAAUGUGUUUGCAGAUAUUUUAGGCAUUGUUCGGAGUUGUUGCCCAUACUAAAUGUACCAAUUUGUGCAAUUCCUGUGGGUACAUGGGUUCCAAAAAUUGGAGAACCUAAUCGAAGACCGUUAGCAAUGUUGAAACCUAGUGCUUCCCUUAGUUCAGCAUUAAAUUUGUUAGUUCAAGCUCAAGUAAGUUCGAUACCAAUAGUUGAUGAUAAUGACUCGCUAUUGGAUAUAUACUGUCGGAGUGACAUAACCGCUUUGGCAAAAGACAGAGCUUAUGCCCAUAUUAAUCUUAAUGAAAUGACUGUUCAUCAGGCAUUGCAAUUGGGACAAGACUCAUAUUCUCCUUAUGAGCUUAAAACUCAAAGAUGUCAGAUGUGUUUACCAUCAGAUUCGUUGCAUAAAGUAAUAGAGCGUUUGGCAAAUCCAGCUGUGCAUUUACCUUGGAUUUCAGGUGUUCGACGGCUUGUGAUUGUGGAGGCGGGCAGUAAGCGUGUGGAGGGCAUUGUUUCAAUCAGUGACAUUUUUAGGUUCCUGCUUGGUUAAAUAAGAAUAAUAGCUGAAUGUCAACCUAAUAUGCAGUGGUCUCAGAUAUUCCACGACUUUUUGCGCUAAGUUUCAUGCCUCUGUUAAAAUCGAUUGCGGAGUACAUCUAAUGGUGAUUUGAUCUUUGUUUGGUAUAAAAUUUAUCAAUGAACAGGGCCUCUUGCUCUUGAAUGCCUUGUUUUUAGAAUUUUAGGCUGGAAGAAAAAGAGGCUUGUAAUUUGAGAGCAUUCAGUUUUUAACCAAAAUUUUGCUCAUCUCCCCUCCGCCCAUAUAAUUUCUUCUGAUGUUAAAAACUUUGUGGCAGUAAUGUAGAUGCCAUGUUCUUGGGGAGCAUGAGAUGAAACCUGUAAUUGUUAAUUUCUGAUACAAAGUUACUAGUGAAAAAGAUGUGGAACUAGGAACUAACGUUUGUUAA